GAGGGCUGUAUAAAUACAAAAGUUUCAUACGAUAUGGGUUGGCAAAAAAGAGGAAAGGGUCACAAUUCGUCAACAGGUCAGGGGGCUGUAAUGAGCUUGUCAAGUGGCAAGAUUCUUGAUUUUACAACUAGAACAAAAACAUGUAGACAUUGUACAUAUGCAAAAAAGAAUGGAAGUAAAGCUAAAAAACAUGACUGUCGAAAAAAUCAUUUUGGCUCCUCGAAAGCAAUGGAACCAGCAGCAGCUGUUCACCUGUUUACUAAAGCCUUAAAAUCUAAAGUUAAGUUCUCUGUAUAUACCGGAGAUAAAGACUCUACUACAGCUGCCCAUAUAAAAGAAAACGGUCCUUACCCUGUUGAGAAAUGGACUGACACGGUACAUGCAAAACGGUCACUCACAACCAAAUUAAUGAACUUGAGUCAACGAGGUAAAUUUACAAACUCAUCCAUACUCUCUCAAAAAGUAAUAAACUACUUGGUCAAAUGCUUCAGCUAUUCAGUAUCCCAAAAUAAAGGAAAUCCUGACAAACUAAAAAAUUCCUUGUUAAGUAAAGUGCCACACGCCUUUGGCAAACACCAUCUCUGCAGUGAGUUGUGGUGUAGAGCACAAAAUGAUGAUAAUUAUAAGCAUUCUGAUCUGCCAUACGGUAAAGAUCUUUAUGGUGAAGAAAUAAAAACAGCAUUAGCACGGAUAUUUGAUGAAUACUGCACAGAUCUUGUCAUUCAAAAAUUAUCACCAGCAGCCAACUCACAAAGGAAUGAAUCCCUAAAUAGUGUCAUUGGAUCAAAAAACCCUAAAAUAAGAUAUUAUGGAGGGAGUGAAAGCAGUGAUUUUAGAAUUGCCUGUGGUAUUUCACAAGCAAACUUAGGAUACCAGUACAUAAGCCAUACUCUUCAAAGCCUUAACAUAGAACCUGGAAAACACAUCUCCAAAGAACAAUUAAAGGAAAUUGAGACCCAUAUUCCUAAGUACACACAAAGACCCAUUUCUACAAAAUUCUCUUAUAACAAAAACAACAUAUGCAACUUCAUAAUAUACGACAUAGAAACAAACACAACAGGAAAAAGAGCAGAAAUUUGUCAACUGUCAGCCAUUGAUCAGUUGGGAUCAAAUAGUUUUAACACUUACAUUUUACCAUCAAAUGAUAUUGACAUUUAUGCUACAAGAGUAAAUGGUCUAAGCGUCCGAGUAUUAAAUGGUCAGCGAAUUUUGUUCAAGGAAAACGAGCCUGUUGUAUCUGUAUCUUUAGAAAAGGCACCGGCAGAUUUCGUAGAUUUUCUCCAACAGGCAGUCAGAAAUAUUAAAACACUUGGAAUGAAUGACAUUACAGACAACGUUUACACAAUAAUGAUUGGUCACAACUCACUUUUUGACGCCCCAACUCUUCUUCGACAAGCACUUCGACUAGGAGAUGGCUCCAUGUCAAAAUGCAAUCAAGCUUCUAUUUAUCAAACACCUUUUCAAGAAACAUAUGAUGCUCACGAUGCACUCGAAGACGUUAAGGCCUUGAGAAAGAUAGUCUUUGACUCUUCUGUGAACUUUUCUAAUGAAAUAUUGGUCGGAAACGUGCUGUCAGUCGAACACGUGAAAAACGAUACCAAGUACCUCGAUCACCGCCACGAACUUCUUCAAACAUUCAAAGGCAAACUCUACCAUGAAAAAGAAAAGGACUAUCCUGUAACCAAGAGCAUGUGUGAGAAAAUAGCUAUGGCUGGGCUGUCUUACCAGGACUUGAAAAUGUGUUCACAAGGUUUGAUGGAAAUUCCCUGGUUGGAGUUCUAUCUCUUCCGCCAUCGGCUUCAACAAGCAAAGCUCCUCGAGUCACCAAAACUUCUCGUAUCUUGUCCAGAAUUGUAG